AUGGCGCGGAGAUACGACUCAAGGACGACGAUUUUCUCGCCGGAGGGCCGUCUCUACCAAGUCGAAUAUGCUCUGGAGGCCAUCUCCCACGCCGGAACUGCACUCGGUAUUCUAGCCAAGGAUGGGAUAGUUCUCGCUGCCGAGAGGAAGGUCACCAGCAAGCUCUUGGAGCAGGACACCUCUGCAGAGAAACUCUACAUCCUGAACGAUAAUAUGAUAUGCGCUGUUGCUGGAAUGACCGCUGAUGCAAACAUCCUCAUCAACUAUGCCCGUCAGGCUGCCCAACGGUAUCUAUUAACCUACAACGAAGAGAUCCCGUGCGAGCAGCUGGUCCGUCGACUAUGUGAUUUGAAGCAAGGCUAUACGCAACACGGUGGUCUCCGACCUUUCGGUGUCUCCUUCAUCUACGCCGGCUACGACCCGCUCCGACAGUUCCAGCUGUACCAGAGCAACCCUAGCGGUAACUACGGUGGAUGGAAGGCGACCAGUGUCGGGGCGAACAACGCCAGUGCACAGAGUCUCCUAAAACAAGACUACAAGGAAGACUGUGACCUAAAGGAGGCGUGUGGCAUGGCCGUCAAAGUGUUGAGCAAGACCAUGGACUCAACCAAAUUGAGCAGCGAGAAGAUUGAGUUUGCAACCGUCGGCAAAACGAAGGACGGCAAGAUCUACCACCACCUAUGGGGAGCCGACGAGAUCGAUGCUCUGUUGAAGGAGCAUGAACUUGCCAAGCCUGAGGACCAGGAGACUGGCUAA